AUGUAUUAGACUGAAACAAAAUCAUCUCUAUAUGCAUCGAAGUUAAUUUAACAGACAAAUUAUUCAGCUCUUUCAUCAUUGCCGAAAACAUACAUAAGACAAGUGUAAGCAGAGGGCGAAAUAUUUAUGGCAGCUCCUUAAAAAUGCGCAAACAUCUGGAAAGAGUUUAGGAGAAAUGAUUUUACAUAAGUUUAAAUACCAUAUAAAACAGCUCUUUAAGUUUUUGAUGCUUGUAAAGAGGAUUUUUAAAUGAUGUUAAAGAUCUCUAAUGGAAAGGAUUUCUUUGAUUUAUUCGAUUAAGACAAUGAUGGAUAUUUAAAUGAAGAUGAAUAAAUUCUAGUGUUCAGCAUUAUAAAAGAAAAAAUGCAAUUAGUUGCAAAUCUAUUGCUGCAAAUAUAAUAAUAUGUUCCUUUCAAAUAAUUGAUGAAAGCCAUAAGAACAUUAGAAUAAAAUAUCUGUGAAUACUAAGACAUCUUAAGAUAGAAGAUCUACAAAUAAGAAGUGGCGACUUAUAAGGAAAUUGGACUUGAAAAACUGGAUGAUUUUUAUGAGAAGUACUAUAAUUAUUUCCAAUAAUUUGAGAACCAGAAAAAAAUAAGAAUCUAAAUGCAGAUUUAGAAAUAGCAGGAAGAAAUGGGACAGUUGGAAGAUAAAUUAUCAAAAAACACUGAAUUUUUAAAGGUAAAGCCUAAAAGAAAACUAAAAGAUUUAUAAACAUAGGAAAAAUUAGUAUCCUUGGAUGAAAGAGUAGAAGAAGCCAUGGACUUUCGUCGAGAACUAAAAAACAUGGAAAAAGCAGAAUAAGAAAGAGUGGCUUCAGAGUAGGAAAAUCGUAUUGAAAGUCAAAAGGACGAAUUAUAACGCAAGCAUCAAAAAUAAAUGGAGCAAUUAAAAGCUAAAUUAAUAGAGUAAGAACACAAAUUAAUCAUUUAACUUAAAAAGGAAUAUAAUGUCCUAUUAAAGUAAAUUGGUUUACACAGCAAUGAGAUCGAGAGAAUAUAAUCCUCAGCUACUCAGCAUGCAAUUCGAAAAGGAGAAAAAGAAGGAGAACUUAAAAGAAUGAAGGAGAGAGCAAGAAUAUAAAAUUACAUUAUAGGAGAUACUAAAAGAACUAUGACUCCUAAGAUCUAAUAAUUAAACUCAUCAACUUAUGAAGAUACAGUCAGUUCAUCUCCAAGAUCUCCAGCUGUUCAUAAUAAAUACGAUAGAGCAGCACAUGACAUCAAAGUUUUAAUCCAUAAGUAAAAUUACACUUCCUUUUACAUUAAGAAAAAAUAUGGGGCCGACCUACCAGUAAAUUACAAACCUGAACCAUAUAAAUUAUAAGGAGACAAUCAUGAUCGAAUUGAAAAGAUACUAUCUGUAAAAAAGAAGAACCCCCAUGAUGUACUACCCUCCUUAACAUAAUAGUACGAUGAAAAUCUUAAAGAAUUAGAUAAAGGGAGUACUUAAAAAUCAGAGUAGGAGCUAAUAUAGGAAAGAUUAAAAAAGAAAUAGUUUAUAUUAGAAAAACUGGAAGAAUCCACUCAUUGA